UUGUUUCACCUAUGCAAGACUGGUUUUUGUGUUGACAGAGUUGAUGCAAAUAUUGACUUUUCCAAAUGGAAAGAUAGUUAUUUGAGGUCGCCUUGUUGGGCGAAACUGACGCGCUGGAAUAUGAGAAUUUAGCUGAUAAAAUGGAACUCUUCCCCCUACAUUCUCACAAGGAAUGGCUGCAAGACUGUGCUGGUCUACUCAACUCGGAGUGGCCGAGAAGCAUCGCUGCAAGACUUUACAGCCUGGAGAAAUCCUGUGAUGACUUGCCAUGUAGCUUGGUUCUUGUGUCAGAAAACAAGGUGGUGGGUCACAGCCGCUUGGCAUCAGUCCAAGGAAUCAAGAACUCAUGUUUACUCGAAUCAGUUGUGGUUCCAAAAGAUCUACGAGGGAAAGGUUUAGGUCGGAAACUGAUGGACAAGACAGAAGAGUAUGCCAAGAGUUCAGGAUUCCAAACAAUAUUUUUGAACACGAUAGACAAACAAGAAUUUUACCGCCAUCUUGGGUACCAGGACUCUGGUCCAGUUGCAAGUCUGGGAGCCAAUGCUCAUCUCAUACCGGAUAGUUUGAUCGCUAAGAUGAUGAAUGUCGGUAUGAGCCACACACCAGACACAGCCAAGAAGGAGGUGGCAGUGGCAGAGUUACCUCCCCCUGACACUAGUCCCCCACCUCCACCUCCCCCUCCCAUCCCCCCACCCCCUCCAGCUCCAGCUCCAGCAGAUGAUGACAGGCACGUCAUCCGCCUGAGCCGUAACUCAGUCACAUGGAUGAGGAAGGACCUUCCCUAGGCUACGAUCUACC